CAAAGGGAAAAUCUAUUGACUGCCAACAGAUUUCAGUUUGAUGUUUUUCAGUCAUUAUAUGAUUGGCAAAUACCUUCUUCCUCUCAAUAAUGGAUUACUAAAUACUAACUGUAGCUCUGUACAUCAACCACAGCAUGAAAGAUGUUUGUUUUAUAGCCUUACUAGAAUGGAGACACCAGACAGCUUGAACUUAUAAUAAGCCUCACAGCCCAUGGCAGGAACCUGGAGGAGGCUCAGUGGUUGGACAUCCAGAGGCCACAGCAGCGUACUUGUACCCUACUGGUACUACAGUUGCAGUUGGGCAAUCUCACCUCAUCAUGUUACUCACUGUGACCUCACCUCCCGGGUCACACAUAUUCCGGACGGUGAAAGUGGCAUACAAUAAGGGCUAUUAUGUUAAACAUUUAUCAGCCACGGUAUUUGCACAGAUUACUCCACCUAUGCCAUGGCUGCUGCUUUCUGACUUUCGCGAAAUAAAGUUAUGCAAAUAUGGAGCAGCCUGGCACGUGCAGCGACGGGAUGGCGCGUGCGCACAGACAGCAAAGGAAUCCGCGGCGUUAGAUGGCGCAGUUUUGCCGACAUUUCGCGAGAAGCUCAGCUGCUCGUCGCGCGGCGAAGUGGGACUUUAACUAUGGAGGAGGUCCACGAGGAAAAUGUGCAAAUCCCGUUUGACCGCAAGCACCUCGACGGCGUGCUCAGCGUGCCGGGUGCGCGCGUCGCGGCGCGUGCCGCGCUGGUCCUCACGCACGGCGCUGGCGGGGACAUGCAUCAGGCGCAGCUGCGCUCCCUGGCGCGGCGCGUGGCGAGCGCGGGCCUGCUGUGCCUGCGCUUCACGUGCAGGGGCCCGAACCUCGCGCGCAGGACGAGGGCGUUCGGCGCGGCGCUGGAGUUUCUGAAGGGCCUGGAGAGGUUCACACUUACAGAUGUUUUCCUUGGUGGCCGCUCGAUGGGCUCCCGUGCCGCUGCGGCCGUUGCCCUGAGCAUGCAGCAGUCGGCUGGGGUCCUGCGCGGCCUCAUCUGCCUGUCCUUCCCCUUGCACCCUCCGGGGCAGACGCACCUCCACGUGCAGCGCAGCGAGGACCUGCGGGGGCUUGCGGGAGUACCCGUGCUCUUCGUAUCUGGUUCUGCCGAUGCCAUGUGCCAGAGGAAACUGUUGGAGCACACACUGAAGGACAUGAAGAGUCCUGCUACUGUGCACUGGAUCGAAGGGGGGAGUCAUGGAUUGACAGUGAAGGGACGGCCAGAGGACACGGUGUUGGAGGAAGUGAACGCUUGCGUAGUGGCCUGGAUUCUAGAACAUUCCCCCACUGCUGCACUUGGCUGAAUCUGCAGAAAGUUGAAUGGCUCAAUUUUUAUGCCCUUUGCUCCUUAUAUUUAUAUAUCCAG